AUGGCAGCUAGUCCCUCCGACACUAAUUCUUUCCGGACAACUAGUCCCUCCGACACUAAUUCUAUAUGGACAAAUAGUCCCUCCGACACCAAUUAUAUCCGGACAGCUAGUCCCUCCGACACUAAUUCUUUCCGGACAACUAGUCCCUCCGACACUAAUUAUAUUCCUUCCGACACCAAUUAUAUCCGGACAACUAGUCCCUCCGACACUAAUUCUAUUCGGACAACUAGUCCCUCCGACACCAAUACUAGACCGACGACAAGUCUCUCCGACACUUAUUCUAUCCGGACAACUAGUCCCUUCGACACUGAUUCUAUCCGGAUAACUAGUCCUUCAGACACUAAUUAUAUCCGGACAAUUAAUCCCUCCGACACUUAUUAUAUCAGGACAACUAGUACCUCCGACACUAAUUCUAUAUGGACAAAUAGUCCCUCCGACACCAAUUAUAUCCGGACAACUAGUCCUUCCGACACCAAUUAUAUCCGGACAACUAGUCCCUCCGACACCAAUUAUAUCCGGACAGCUAGUCCCUCCGACACUAAUUCUUUCCGGACAACUAGUCCCUCCGACACUAAUUCUAUCCGGACAACUAGUCCUUCCGACACCAAUUCUAUACCGACAACUAGUCUCUCCGACACUAAUUCUAUACCGACAACUAGUCUCUCCGACACUAAUUCUAUCCGGACAACUAGUCUCUCCGACACUUAUUCUAUCCGGACAACUAGUCCCUCCGACACUUAUUCUAUACGGACAACUACUCCCUCAGCCACUUAUUCUAUCCGGACAACUAGUCCCUCCGACACUAAUUCUAUCCGGAUAACUAGUCCCUCUGACACUUAUUAUAUCAGAACAACUAGUCCCUCCGACGCUAAGUCUAUCUUGUCAAAUAUUCCCUCCGACACUAAUUCUAUCCGGACAACUAGUCUCUCCGACACUAAUUCUAUCCGGACAACUAGUCCCUCCGACACUAAUUCUAUCCGGACAGCUAGUCCCUCCGACACUUAUUCUAUACGGACAACUAGUCCCUCCGACACUAAUUCUAUCCGGACAACUAGUCCCUCCGACACUAAUUCUCUCCGGACAACUAAUCCUUCCGACACCAAUUCUAUACCGACAACUAGUCUCUCCGACACUAAUUAUAUACGGACAACUAGUCUCUCCGACACUAAUUCUAUCCGGACAACUAGUCUCUCCGACACUAAUUAUAUCCGGACAACUAGUCCCUCCGACACUUAUUCUAUACGGACAACUAGUCCCUCAGACACUUAUUCUAUACGGACACCUAGUCCUUUCGACACUUAUUCUAUACGGACAACUAGUCCCUCCGACAUUAAUUCUAUCCGGACAACUAGUCCAUCCGACACCAUUUUUAUACCGACAACUAGUCUCUCCGACACUAAUUCUAUCCGCACAACUAGUCUCUCCGACACUAAUUAUAUCCGGACAACUAGUCCCUCCGACACUAAUUCUUUCCGGACAACUAGUCCCUUCGACACUAAUUCUAUACGGACAACUAGUCCCUUAGCUACUUAUUCUAUCCGGACAAGUAGUCCCUCCGACACUAAUUCUUUCCGGCCAUCUAGUCCUUUCGACACUAAUUCUAUGCGGACAACUAGUCUCUCCGACACUUAUUCUAUCCGGACAAUUAGUCCCUCCGACACUAAUUCUAUAUGGACAAAUAUUCCCUCCGACACCAAUUCUAUCCGGACAACUAGUCCCUCCAACAAUAAUUCUGUCCGGACAACUAGUCCCUCCGACACGUAUUCUAUCCGGACAACUAGUCCCUCCGACACUUAUUCUAUACGGAAAACUAGUCCCUCCGACACUAAUUAUAUCCGGACAACUAGUCCCUCCGACACUAAUUUUAUCCGGACAACUAGUCCCUCCGACACUAAUUCUAUCCGGACAACUAGUCCCUCCGACACUAAUUCUAUACGGACAACUAGUCUCUCGGACACUAAUUCUAUCCGGACAACUAGUCCCUCCAACAAUAUUUCUAACCGGACAACUAGUCUUUCCGACACGUAUUCUAUCCGGACAACUAGUCCCUCCGACACUUAUUCUAUACGGACAACUAGUCCCUCCGACACUAAUUAUAUCCGGGCAACUAGUCCCUCCGACACUAAUUCUAUCCGGACAACUAGUCCCUCCGACCCAAAGUCUAUACGGAUAACUAGUCUCUCCGACACUAAUUCUAUCCGGACAUCUAGUCCCUCCGACACUUAUUCUACCCGGACAACUAGUCCCUCCGACACUAACUUUAUGCAUGCAGUUAAACAUAUGUUCUUGUGA